CCAUUCUGUCUGUACUAUUUACCACUGUUCAGGAUGUUUUGAUGGCAACAAAAUGUCGUAUUCAAAAUUGGAAUGGUUCGAAAGCUACAAAACAUGGGUGGUAACAAACCCAGAAAGGCUGUUCCAGUUCGAAACAGCCGGCCGUUUCCUCUCGUACUUAAUUGCCGGCCGCAUAAAAACAUCACCAGCCAUUUCUGAGUUGCUGUACUCAGCUUCCAAUAUUAUUAUAUUUUUGAAUGAUCAAAUAAUAUUGAGAUCAACACACCAUAAAGAAUUGGACCCCAAAACAGCAACAUUUGUGGAAAAAUGUAGAAUCUUAUUUACUAUUUUGGAAUACCUUCAAGUGUUUGUGGAGAUCACAGCAACCAAAAUUUGGGGUUCAUAUGGAAAAUGGACUGCUGUAGCUGUUAUACAAUUAAUCAAAUUUUUAUGGAGGGUUUUCAUGUUGAUCCAGCAAGCUGGGAUAGCAUCCUCACAAGCCAUUCGCCCCCUUAACAGGAAAAAGCUUAGACAGAACCAACUGUCAGAGUCCAAAUGUGAUAUGGAAGGAAAAAAUAAUCUUACUUUCACCCUGAAGUCUGGAAGGGUAAUUCGGCAAGUCAAUGGGGCACCCCAGAUUCAUAAACGUAACUGGAAACUCCCUAGUUCACAACCACCGCAAGGCCAUGUUGUAAAUAACAGGAAGCUAGAAGGAUAUUCCUUACUUGGAGAAGUACUUUAUACGUUGAAACCGCUUUGUCACCUCGUCGCAAUGAGCCGCUUUGGAACAAAAUCUUGGAUUCCGACGUCAAUAGCAUUUGCUACAGAUAUUGCAAGUAUAACGCUGUUGAACUCAAGUUCAUUAAACUGUGAAGAUGCACGAGAAAUUCGACGACGUCAGAUUGCUCUACUAAUGUAUCUCUUACGGUCACCGAUCUACGACCGCUUUAGUCGAACUGUCAUUUUACAGACAAUGACUUAUUUGAGAAAGGUUCCUGUUGUCGGAAUUUUGCCUCAACAGUUUCUUCAGUACAUGUUGUUCUGGCAAAAUGUAUACUGCUAUACUUGGGAUUAAAUUAUCUUCCCACACAAAUUUUCUUUCAGGGUAGAGCUUAGUAACAUAAACUGGAUAUGGAUAUUACAUAUUUUGCAGUGUGAUUUUGAUGGGAAAUAAUAUUGUGAAUUUUUUCUGGGGACGCUGUCAUAGUUUUGUUAA